UACAGUACACAGUACGUGGAAGAGCACGAUCGUCCCUAGCCCUACGUACGUGCGUAAAUCGAAUGGGGGGUGUUGUGGAGUUACCGUGGGGUGAGGUGAUGUGGCACUAGUGGUGGUGUCUACUCGGCCGGUCCCGAUUUACCCCAUCCACCACCCUCUUUUUGGACAGAAAAAAAAACACACAGUCACUGAGUUAAAGGACACGUUUAUUUUGUUGCUUUUUGAGACGGGAUCUGCUUUGGGACGGGUUCCACGCGCAGGGAGAAACACUAACGCCGGCGCUGGUUGUUGUUGUUGUUGUCAGCGUGCAUCCGUCAGCGGGCCGACCGUGGAAAUGACUCAGGAGUCGGCGGUUGGGGGUUUGUGUUGUACCGGUCCACCGCAAGUAGCUGGGCCUUGAUUGAUGGUGCGUCCGUGCGUCAUCACAGGAUUGGAAGACAAGUUCUGGAAAAGAUUGGUUCAUUAAAAUCAUCCUUGAUUUUCAGACCACAGUUGUGUUGGAGCGGAAGGAUUAACACUCUGAGGUACAGAAAAGACACGGAAAAUGGUCGUCAUGGCAACGGAGACACAGGGCAAGCCUCGUCGGGGCCACAUCAGAGUCGGUUUCUACGACAUCGACAAGACCAUCGGGAAAGGGAACUUUGCCGUGGUCAAGUUGGCCAAACACCGCAUCACAAAAUCUCAGGUCGCAAUAAAAAUAAUCGACAAGUCCAGGUUAGACGAGGCCAACCUGCAGAAGGUGUACCGGGAGGUGGCAAUUAUGAAAAUGUUGAACAACCCGCACAUCAUCAAACUUUACCAGGUCAUGGAGACCAAAAGCAUGUUAUACCUCGUCUCAGAGUACGCUAGCAACGGCGAAAUGUUCGAUUACCUUGCCAACCAUGGCCGCAUGACGGAGAAGGAAGCCCGGAAGAAGUUCUGGCAGAUUGUCAACGCUGUCCAGUACUGCCACGAGAGGAGAGUGGUCCACCGAGACCUGAAGGCCGAGAACCUGCUCCUGGAUGCCAACAUGAACAUCAAGAUCGCCGACUUUGGGUUCAGCAACUUCUUCACGCCGGGGGACCAGCUGGCGACAUGGUGCGGCAGUCCGCCAUACGCGGCACCAGAGGUCUUCGAAGGGCAGCGAUAUAGUGGGCCACAGCUCGACAUCUGGAGUCUGGGUGUUGUGCUUUAUGUGCUCGUGUGCGGAGCCCUACCCUUUGAUGCCAACACACUGCCCCAGUUGAAGGAGAGAGUCCUGGCCGGAAGAUUCAGGAUACCAUUCUUCAUGUCAACAGAGUGCGAGCAGCUGAUCCGUAAGAUGCUGGUCAUCGACCCGGCUAAACGCUACACCAUCGAGCAGAUCAAGAACCACAAGUGGAUGCAAAUGGAAGGAGGGGAGCCCUCCCCAGUCACCAGCCCAGUCUCCGACAUCCCCAAGCCCGUCGGGGAGUUCAACGAGCAGGCCCUGCGUCUUAUGCAAAGCCUGGGCAUUGACCAGCAGCGGACGAUAGAGUCAUUGCGGAGAGAUGCCUAUGAUCACUACACAGCUAUUUACUACCUCCUAGUUGAAAGACUUAAACUUCAUCGCUGCAGCUUUCCCGUCGAGGGACGAGUGGACAGUCGGUCACGUAGACCCAGUUCUAUUUCUGACCAUGCCAUUCUCCGGACUCAGGUCAUUGGCACGGGGACCCACAUACCCCAUGUCGUCCCCGGUUCGCAGCAGAGCCGGAGCCCAAUCAAGCAGCACUCACUCGGAAGCCACCCGACACAGCAACAGCAACCAAUUAUGGGCUUCCGGCCUGUCCAACCGGCGUCGCAGCCUGCCGGAGUCAAACCCGAAGCCGCCCAUGCCGCGCUGCAGCGGAAACGCAAAGAGCCCAUCCUGCAGCAGCCCACCUGCAUCUUCAGCGAGGGAGACGUGGUCAGCGUCCCGCAAGUGGUCAGCGGCACUCUCUUAGAGCCGCUGCCCCGGAUGAACUUCCGCAAGGUCCGCUCCAUGUCGCCCAACCACAUGGUGGUGACGUCCAUCGAUGAGGGAGUGGAGGUGGACAUGCCCGAGAGCGAGGGUGAAAUGGACAAAACACCCACGGAGCAGCUGAUGGCCCAGCGUCGCCACACCUUAGGAGAGACGUUUGAGGUGACGCCCAGCAUGGAGCCCACGCUGUCGGACUUUGGCAUCGAGCCGCAGGACCUGUCGGCUUCAUUUGAUUCUCAGGAAGAGAUGGAGAUUGCCCAGAUCUCACAGGGUUUUGUUCAGGGCUUGGGGCAAGGGAUGUUCCAGCUGGGCUCAGGGAGCCAGCGCAAUUCACCCGACUUGUCCCCGACAGUGCAAGAGCAGCACAUGAUUGGGGGCCCGCCAGUGGGGCAAGGAAUAACGGAGACGUUAUUGCGAACUGGCAGUCAGUCCCCAACGAGCUUCAGGGAAGGCCGUCGCGCCUCGGACGGUCUUCUCCUGCAGGACUCCUUCAACCCCCAGCACAAGAAUUUGCCUCGCACCCAGGGCAUUAGUGAGCUCCAUGCCCGGUUGGAUCAGCAACAAGGAGGCGAAUUCACAGACUGCAAGAUUAUCGCCGAGCAUGCCAAACAGCAGCAAAUGCAGCAGCACCACGGCCGCCUCUUGCAGCACAUGGACUCGGUGCAGUCCACUGACAGCGGCUCAUACUCGCAGUGCCAGGUCGGGCAGCAGCCAGUCACGUGGCGCCGGUUCCCCGCCCAGGUGCAGCAGAACCAGCGGCAGAACCACUUCCAGGCCAUGAAACACACCAUGCACACGGAGCCGGCGCAGGGCACCGGCUGCAGUUUUGAUGAGCUGUCCCGGGGAGUGACGCCAGCCCGCAGCCUGCAGCACCACCUCAUGCAGCAGCGGCUGAUGCAGAAGCGGCAGCAGCUGCACAAGCAGUCCCAGCUCAGCCAGCAGUUUCAGCAGCUGCACCUGGAGCGCCAGCCGAGCUUUGACGGUCGGCCGCCUCCCCCGAACCGCGCCGACUCCUACAAGCAGGCGCAGCAGCACCCUGUGCUUCCGCAGUUCUCCAUGAAGGAGGAGCCAAUCCGCAGCGUCACACCGCCGGGAACUUUCUCCCAGGAAUCCAGUCACCAUAGCAACAGGGAUGCCUCCAAACUCCACUUUGGCCUGCCCGUGACCCAUCACAGCUUUGACAACUCUCAAUUUGAGUGUAUGGACACUUCUGAGGGCCCCACAAGCCAGUCAGGUUUCUCGUACACACCAUGCUAGCUUCUCGCAACAAUUGACGCUUGCCAAAACUUUCAAUGAAAAUAACCUGCCUGAAUCUCUCAACAAAUGACAUAUUGUAAGCAGACUGUGCAUCAGUUUUAUGAGAUUGUCACUGAUGGAUUGUUGAAAUCUUUUGUACUAAGGAAUGGGGAAAAAAAACAGUAAAAAAUGCAGAAAGGCUUUGACAAGUUUUGAUGCAGAUGUGUAUUCGUCAAAGGCUUAUCACUGUUCAGUUGCAGUUUGCUGACUCAAGAAAGAAACAGUCCUAGACCAGAAGAUAGUGCACCUGAGUUAUUUCCUGAUUAAUGAGUAGGAGUGACCACAACUCACUCAGUGACUCAUUCAGACCUUGUGCCAGGAGUGUCCAUACUGUGCAAGUUAGCAGCAUUGUAUUCAGCAUUUCAUUGUGUGUGCUUUUGUUUUGGUCAAAAUUAAAGUUUUAGAGUACCAAAGUGUGACGUCACUGUGAACCAGAAAGUGCAG